CAUAUGUAAACAUACAUAUAUAAUUAUAUGUUCGCAACUAUAAAGUUACAUGAAACAAAUACAGUUGGUUAUCCUUGGUAUGGUGUAGAGCAUAACUGCUAACUUUAGCAGUGAUAUAAAGGCAUCUGCGUUAAACACGCCGACUUCAAAUUGAAUUAAUCCACCUGGAUGGUAUUUUGAUUAAAUCUGAUAAUACAUAUUCAUACAAUGUUUAAGUUAACUUUAGCUUCUUUUGUGAAUAUAGCUUUGUUACACAUCAUAUUUGUUAAAUUUGGAAGCUUUACGCCGCCAACAGAAUUUCCGACGGAUACGACUUCGGUUAUCACUGCCCUGACAACAACUACAAGAAUUAAUGAUCUGACGACAACUUCAAUAAUUAAUAAUGUGACAACAACAAAAAAAACAACAACAACUGUAGCAAAAAAUAAUGAAGAUUUCACUUGUCCAGAAAAUACAGUCAUAUGUCCAGGAAGUUUAUGUAUUGAACGGCAUCUUCAAUGUCCUGGAGGAGAAGAUGAACAAGACUGGAAAGAUUUCACUUGUCCAGAAAAUACAGUCAUAUGUCCAGGAAGUUUAUGUAUUGAACGGCAUCUUCAAUGUCCUGGAGGAGAAGAUGAACAAGACUGGAGCUGCACACCCGAUUUUAUAAAUGUAACAAUUAGUGACGACCUUCCAAAGAACGACAAUUCAACGAAAGUUCAAUUCAUGUGCAACAAUUGGAACAGUAUCAGCGUCUAUUUCCGGUUAGAUAUCAAAUAUAACGAACACAGAUACUUUUCGACAGAAUAUUCCAGUGAAAGAAAUUUAAAGUACCUGAUUUUAACAAUAAAGAAUACUUUGUAUAUAAACACUUGGAACACAACUGUCACUGUACUAAAUGAGCCGUACAGAAAUGAAACGAUAAAUGAAGUUCCAAUUAUGAUAAAUGUGAUAGAAAUGAAUGACCGACCAACUAUUCAACCGCAUUACCUUGAAACGCAAGUACGUGAAGAUGUCCCAGUAGGUACAAUAGUAGCAAACUUCUCAAUUUCUGAUCCGGAUGAUGGAAUAUUCGGAGAAGUACAAGCUGAAUUGAGAAGUCAGGGAGAUAUAAAUGAAUGGUUUGAAGUAGUAAACAUAACAAAAGAUAUAAUCCAAAUUAGGACAGCUUCAGUACUAGAUGCGGAUCGAAACUUGGACAGAGUAAAUGAUUACAUUGAAAGAGCACGUGGACCAACCUUCACUUUUGAUGUCAAGGUAAAAGACGGCGGAGGAUUAAGUUAUCAUUCAAUAUUCGGCAUCACAAUUAUAGAUAUCGGUGAUAUAAUUCCUGUUUGCAAUCAUCACACGUUAAAAAACGAAACUCAUAGGACAAAAAAGGAUGCAAUCGUUACCAGUUUAGACAGAUUUUGCCGUGCUCGAAACUAUAUCAGCGCUGUCGAUUUCUUCCAAGAAGUAGCAUAUUCUUUGAUUUCAGACAGCUGUAACUUGUUUAAUAUUACUUAUAAUAGAAUGGUACAACUGCAAGAUGAAGUUCCGAACGACAUCACGAAUUGCACUCUAUCAGUUAGGGCGUCUGACAAAGCAUUUCCAACAUUAAAUACCACUUUUGCUUUACUUAUUGAAUUUACACGGUGUUUAAGCGAUACAGAUUACAACAAUAUACAAUGGGAUACAGGGAUCCCAGGACAGACCACUUGGCAUAAAUGCCCGGCUGGUUAUAUUGGUCAAGUAUCACGGUACUGUUCCAAAAGUGGAGUUUAUCAGGACCCCGUGUACAACUGUACGAAAUCUUCCAUUGAUAACAUUUAUAAAAAGUUGAUUGAGGACACAAAGACUGGCAAAGUAGAUAUAGUUGAAGUAUUGGAUGACCUAUCAAAUGCGACAACCGCCACUGACGAGAAUAGUACGCUUUUUAUCGGAGAUAUUGACACUGCAAUUAAUACACUAGCAAAGAUAGUUGAUGUGGUUACAGUUAACACAACAAACCUUGAAAAUAUAACAAAUGCAUAUUUACAAACAAUCAACAAUAUUUUGGAUGAAAGUACAACACAAACUUGGAAGGUGAACAUAAAUCAGACAGGCUCAGGGGCAGACGCUGUUCUGAAGACAGCAGAUAGUUUUGUUGAGAAGAUAUUAACAACUUCCAAAAAUUUCACUGCAGAAAUAUCAAAGUCAAAUUUAUAUUUAAAAAUGGGAUCAGUACAAUCCUGUAACGAAGCUCUGAAUUUCCCUGAACGUGAAAAAGAAGAUGUCCCAGAGUGGGCUGGACCAAGGAAAGAUAAACUUUUGAUUGACUGUAAAGACAAUGUUGAAUCCUUUAGUGGAAUUAUGUACAGAAAUCUUUCAAUGAUUAUACCAUCGUUUACAAACAGCACUAUGUACGAAGGGCUUCAAAUAAAUGCACCAGUCAUAUCAUUUACAUUCUAUCCCAACAUUAAGCGAGAUGAUGUAGGCCCAGUGGAAAUUACAUUUCAGCUGUUUAAUAAUUCGUUGGAUAAUGCGAGAUGCUCUUUUUGGAAGGAGUCAAAAAGCGAAACGACACAUGGUUACUGGUCUGAUGAGGGAUGUCGACUGAAAAAAUAUGACAAGGACAAAGAAGUUGUUGUGUGCGUUUGUGACCAUCUUACUAAUUUCGCUGUACUGAUGAGUCCAUCCUCCACACCGAUUGACGAAGAUCAUAGAAAGGCACUUUCAAUCAUUUCCAUGAUAGGAUGUAUCGUUUCAAUAAUAUGUCUAGUUUUGAGUGUAGCCAUACAUGCAUUUUUCUGGAGGUUCAUUAAAUCAGUGCGGUCAAUCAUUCAUAUGAACUUAUCCUGUUGGUUGAUUGUUGCCUAUAUCCUGUUUCUUGCUGGGAUAAACAGAACAGAAAACAAGGACGUUUGCACAGCUAUGGCGAUACUUCUCCACCUUGUGUUCCUUAUAGUGUUCUUCGGAAUGCUAACAGAGGGAUGUAACCUUUCGUAUACGGUUCUCAAGCCACUAAGUACUAGAAAACCUGGGAUACCACUAAUGAUAGCGUCUUAUGUCAUCGCCGUUAUAAUAGUUGUGGUAUCUAUGGGUGUAUCACAACUGCAUGGAUAUGGAACCGAACAAGCAUGCUGGUUAUCGACUGAUACUGGAUUGAUAUGGGCUUUUCUCGUUCCGGUUCUUGUAAUUGCACUGGUUAAUCUUAUAAUUGUUGUCUUAGUGAUUCGGACCAUGUGCGGCACUACAGCAAUGUCAAAGAAAUCAAGCAAAGGGCGGGCAAAAGCAGCAUUACGUUGCAUAUUAGUGCUCAUGCCGCUGAUGGGUCUGACCUGGGGGUUUGGAGCAUUGUCUUUGAAUAGUGACACAAUUGCUUUCCAGUACUUAUUCGCUUUUCUCAACAGUUUCCAGGGAUUGCUGAUCUUCAUAUUUCACUGCGUGAUGGACAAAAAGAUAAAAGAUGCAUUUUCCAAACAGAAACACAAGUGGCUUCAGUCGUCGCAGAGUUUCGGAGUAUCUGAAGGAAAGAGAAAUAAAACACAAGAAACAUCUGAUUUUUGAAGACAGAAAAAGGGAUGACUUUAUCGAUUGAGGAAUACAUUAAAAAAUCUGUCGGACAAAUUGCAUAUUCACAAAUUGAGUAAUUAGAUAUCAUCACAUUGUCGAAUGUUUGUCCAUCCAGAACUAUUCAUGGAUCUAUCGAUAGAGUACUUCAAAUAUCUGAAUUUGCUGUAUUUGUUAAAUGUCUAAGUAUUCUAAAUUGUCUAUUGAAUCAAUAUUGAAUGUUUCAGAAUUCCGAAUGUCUGUAUAUUCAUCGCUUUCAAUGGAUCAGUUGAUACUGUAUUUUUAUUAUCGAUUUCCCGGACAUCUACUAAUUUUCAGCUUUCCAUGUGUCUGCUUAUCAAUAAAGCAUUCAAAAUAUAGAUUUGUCAGACGACUGCAAACUCUCAACCCUAUACAACAUCUUGUGUACGUUAUAUUGCAUAAACCUAGUUUUUUCAUUUCCAAAAAUGUAUGA